AUGAGAUUAGUAUUAGUCAUUUUCAUUAUGUCACUUUUGGUCGCCAGCACCAUGGCCAAAAAGGAAAAGAAAAUAGAAAAGGAAGAUAUCCUCUUCUCUACUGAAUUUAGUUUUUAUGACUUUGGUACCUUUAUGGGUGGUGUUUUCCGUGGUAUUGAGGUUGGUGUCAACCCACAAAAUGCUUCAAAAUGUUUCAUCAGAGCCGAUGCUGUUGGAUCACACUUUGGUAAGGCAUUCCAAUUGUUAUCUAUUGGUUUCACCAAUGUCUCUGCUGAUGUCGUCAACCAAUCCAUUGAUGAGUUGGGUAACGGAUUCGAAGCCAUCUACCCAUUGCUCAAGGACUGUGGUUCAACCCAAAUCGUAAUUGACAUUGCCAAGAUCGUCCGUACCAUCAAGACCGGAGGUAUCACUGCUUUGGCCACCCAAGAAGGUUUGAAGAUCUUUGCCAAGAAGGGUGAAAUCUCAACUGAUUUGAGAGGUAUUACUGCUAACUUCCAAGCUGGUAACUAUGAUGCCUCUGGUGAAUCCUUGGUAGACCUACAAAAAGGUUUUCUCUUAAAUUUAAAUUAUUAUUACUCAUUUAAAGAAGAAUAA